AUGGGUGCGAGGGUGCUGGCGCCGGGGGUGCUGAGCAUCCUUUACACCCACAGAGACGCGGGGUGCAGGGACGCGGGGGUGCUGGUACCGGGGGUGCUGAGCUUCCUGGUGUGCGUGUCGUGCGAACGGCAACGCGGUACCAGUGCCGUUACCAUCCACAACCUCAUCCAGCUGUGCGACGGUCUGAUGGCCAGCGGCCAGACCCCUCUGGCCACGUGCGCCCUGGCCCUGGGCCCGCUCGUGCAGUGUGUGUUUGGCCCCGACGGUCCCGGUGGGGGGCCAGGCCCCCGAGGCUACGAAUCCCUCGACUCUUCUGACGUGGGAGAGCUCGCCGCCAAGCGGGAGGUGCUCAGCCGCACCCUGCUCAGGCUUGCACACCAUCCCCAGGUGCUGCCCCUGCUGACAGUGAUGGUGCAGUCAGCUCAGGAGCAGAGUGAGACGCGCUGGCUGACAGUGUCCAGGGAAGUGUCAGCCGCUAUCCUGCCGCUGCUGCGUCAGCAGCUCCUGCAGCUGCACACCCACGAGGCGGUGGGUUGCCUGCUGGCGCUGCUGUGCUCCCUGGCGCCCGCUGUGUACGCGCCUCCUGACCACCUCCUCACGACGCUGUUCUCUGCUCCCCCGACGCAUGACAACAGUGGGGCGGUGGUGCGGUGGGUGGUGGGUGUGGUGGUGGUGAUGAGGGUUAUAAUCACCCACUGCCCCGCGCCUCUUGUCCUCGCGCGCCUCGCUGACCUGCGCCUCUCCGUGCACCUCAUCCCCCACGACCCCCCGACCUCACCCCCUGCCAUGGGUGCGGCGCCCCUGUCCCCGGGGGAUGAAACACGUGGGGGCAAAUCCUCCCCACAUCCCCCCGAAGAGGGCACCGUGUCCCCCCAUGUGGGGGUCUGCAGCCCCGCUCGUCGCCAGCUCCCCCCAAAGCUGACCCCCGCCAACGCGUCCCCCCAACGCACCCCCUCCAGGCGGGUGCCCGUGCAACACGACCCCCUGCACGCCACCCAGCCCCCCCUCCGGCCCCCCCGCGCCAUGGCCAGGUUGCUGGUGGAGGUGUUGCGCGUGUGUUGCAGCGAGUUGCGCAGCGCGUGUUACCUGCAGUGUCAGGAGGGGGGGCAGGAUCCCCCAGCUGAUGGGGGAGAGGAGGGUGACCCCCACCUCCCCCACUGCCCCACCCACCACGACACACUCCUCGCCACACUUGCCCACCAACUGCUGCUGGUGCUGCUCUGGAUGAACCAGCACGACGAGUGGCGUGUGGUGGCGGCAGAGGUGGGUGAGGGGGGCGGUGGGGGGGCUCUAGGUGAGGUGGGUGAGUGUGUGCUCAGCGUCCGUGCUCAGCACCCGUCGCUCUGCGUGCUCUGCUGUCAGCUGCACUCUGCGCUGGACCUGUCAGCGCGUCAGCUCUGGCGACAUGCGCUGACGUCGUCAGCACCGAGCACUGCUGUGCGGCACGUUGUCGAGGGCGACUGGCUGCGGUGGCUGCUGGUGCUGCACGUGCAGGACGUGGUGCUGCUGCACGAGGAGCGCAGCGUGCAGCAGCUGCUGCGCGUCGUGCACGCCAGCGGUGCAGCGUCUGCACUGCUGCUGCAUGCGCUCAGCUCGCGCGCUGCUGCGCCGCUGCUCAGCGAGGUGCACAGUACAUUAGCUGUACCCGUGUUGCAGGAGGUGCACAGUACACCAGCUGUACCCGUGUUGCAGGUGGCAGACGGGCAGGCUGUGCUUGCAGUUGCAGGAGGUGUACACAGCAGCCAGAGCGGCGCCCUGCUGCUCUUCCUGCUGCAGGAGCUGCUGUGCUCGCCCCUCCUUCUGCACCUCCUGCCGCGCCUCCUGCCGCUCCUGCAGCGGCGCCUGGACUUCCUGCUCUCCCCAGCUGGUGCUGCCGUGCACGCACAGCUGGCGCCUCACCACCUGCAGCCCUACACCUCGGGCCACCUGGCCGGCGUCGUCGCCUCCAGGUGGUGCCCCGACCCUGACUCCCGCCACGACCCUGACUCCCGCCACGACCCUGACUCCCGCCACGACCCUGACUCCCGCCACGACCCUGACUCCCGCCACGACCUCCCGAGUGCUGCAGUUGCUGCGCAGCUACAGGCGCUGCAGCUGCAGCUGGAGGGCAGCGAGCAGCAGCAGCAGCCUGCAGAUGUUAUGCGUCUCACCAGCCGCCAUGUUGACAGCUCCUUAUCGCUGCGUCUUAUCAGCAGCAGGUGUGAGCGUGGGUCGUGCUGCAGUGCUGAGGAAUGCUGCGCGCUGCUGCUGCCGCUGGAUGCCGCUGAGCUGAGCGCCGUGCUGCAGCGUGACAGCUUCGACUGCCGCCUGCUGCAGCAUGCCAUGCUGUACGGUCUGCAUGCCACACGCCAGGCUGCGAGACCUCGUCGCGUUGCGCCGUCAGGUGCCGCCAGCAACAACAGCAGCCCCAACAGCAACAGAUCCAACAGCAGCAACACCAGCAGCGUCAGCACUGGCAGCAGCAACAGCAGCGUCAGCAGCUCUCAACACCCGCUCUAUACAGCUGCCUGUGUGGCGCUCAUGCGGCGUGUUAAUGCCAUUGUGGCAUUACUGCCUAAGCCACAUCCCGACUACCGACCAGGUGGUGGCAACAAGUACAGCGACCGCCUGCACCAGCUGCUGCAGGAGUGCCACCUGCAAGGCUACCAGCUGGGGCAGCUGGUCGAGGUGCUGGCACCUGCCGUCAGGUGCCACCUGCAGCACCUGCAGUGCCACCUGAGUGCCACCCAUGCGGUGCCACUGCUGCGCUACUGCCUCCUGCUUCUCGAGGUGCUGGUGCUGCGGCUGCAUUGUGGCGAGGCGAGCGUGUGGCUCAUCUGUGAGAGUGUGGCGUGUGUGGCUGAGGUGCUCAGCAACGCCACACUCAGCCACCGCCUCAGCCACAUGGACCACACCAGCGUCCUGUGCGCCAUGGUGGCCGCCGUGCACGCCACACUCGCCACACUCGUCGCCCCAGCCACACUGCCCACGUUGGCAGAGGGCGUGUGGCAGAGUCUGUCAGGCGAGGCUGGUGGCGUGGGUGUGGCAGCGGGACGUCUCAUGCAGCUCCUCGUGUGGCUCGAGCAACGCCACAUGCCAUCAACGCUGCCACACACACUAACGCCACACAUCAGACGGGUCGUGGUGGGGCUGUGUCGUGUACCGUGUGUGGGGGGAGUGGUGCGGUGCCCCCCCGACCUGUGGGGGGCGGGGUGGCAGCCUACCCUCACUUCCCUCUCCUCCCUCCCCCCUCUGCCCCCUCACCUCCUACAGGAGCCUGAGGCCCUCAAGCAGUUCGUCUUCAGGGCCCAGCUGCUGGGGUGGGCUGGCAAGCAGCAGUUCGAGGAGACGUUCAUGUCCCUGCUGUCCGUGCUGAACCUCCUCUCUGGGGACGCGUCUGGGGACCAUGACCAGCCCUACCGGGACCAGAGCUUGUGUGUGUGUCUGCGUGGGGUGGCAGGACUGCUGGCACACACACAACUCCUGCCAACCCCUGGCAGCCCCCACACCGCCGCCCCCCCACCGCCCCCACCGCCGUGUGGGGAGCGUGGGGCUGUGGACGAGGCCCUGGGGGAGCUAAUGGGCCGUAGGGUGCUGGGGGGCACCCAGCACGCCCCCCACCUCCCUGACCCCGCCCUCCUCAUGUGCUCCUCCCUCAGCCUCAGCACUGCUGCCCUCAGCACUGCUCUCUGCGGUGAGGAGGAGGACGGGGCUGCAGACCACAGUCCCCAGCAGACGCUGUUGUCUGCCAUGGGCGUGGACGUGCCGUCGUGUACACAUCUCCUGCACGACGUCUUCUCUGCCUGCCUCGCGCCUGGGGACUCGAGAAGCGUGUGCUCGUCCGUUGUUUGUGAGGUGGCGCGGUGUUUGUUUGUGUUGGUGCCGCUGCUGUCGUCGCCACACCAUCUCGUGUGGGUAGCCCACACAUGUGUGGCCCUGCACACCACACAUCCACACGAGGACCACACGACCCACACAUUCAUCACACUCGCCGCCGCACGCGCCCUCGCCAUCUGCAGGGCCGCCAAUGUGGAUGAUGGGGGGUGCAGCGAGGGGGUGGGGCGCAUGGUGGGGGAGGGGCUGUCGUCCCCCAGCGCUAGUGUGCGCAUGGGCGCCGCCCACGCAGCCUGCUACCUCCUACAGGCACACCUCGCCCACCGCCCCCCACUCACCCUAGAACCCACCCUACACGUCCCCUCGUCCCUCCCCACCCACACUGGGGGCUCAUCAAUCCCCAUCACCACGACCACGGGCACCUCCCCCCUCCCCACCGAGUCCCCCAGACAUGAGGGCGGCGCCCUUCGUCUGCUGCAGGGCGCCCAGCUGCCCAGGUCCGCUCUGACGGCCAUCACCGCCCAGUUCAAGGGCGCCACAGCCCUGGGGGGCGCUGACCCCAAGCCCCCCGACGCCCUCGGUCCCGACGGCGCCCUUAGCGCCCUCCUGCAGGCGGUGGCCUCCUUCGUCCUCAACGCCCUCGACUCUGUGGCGCAGGAGGGGGAGCGCCACAGCGAGGCCAUGUGGCGGCUGUGCCUGUGCCUGGUGGAGGGAUACAGCCACAGCGUGGACGCCAGCUUGCCCUCCACCGCCCUCCAUGUGGCGCUCUCCACCGCAGCCGCGCACUCCACCCCUCCCGCCCUCCUCUCCACCGUGGUGGAGGUGGUGGAGCGGCUGGUGCGGUGCCCCGCGGUGGGGGUGGGGGGCCGUGGUCCCAACGAGGUCGCCCUCAAGCUCGUCCUCGACCUCGUCCAGCUGGGGCCCUCCGCUGUGUCCCAGGCCGCCCUGCCCCUCCUCUUGAGGCUCUUGUACGCCAACAGCAGUUGCUGGGGCGCUGGAGAGGACCAGGAGCCGGAGCGGGUGCUGCUGCUGCAGGAGAGGCUGGCUGGAGUGUUCGAGCGCAUCAAGACAGGCUACCUGCACGAGGCGCGCCUCCUGGCCUCACUGCUGCCUCUGUGCCUCCUGGACCUCCUGCCUCCCAGCCAGGUCCUCAAUAAGGUCAUCAUGGAGUUCAUCUCACCACACCAGCCUCAUCCACACCUCCUCGCCAUCACACUCUUCCAGGUGUUCGAGGCGUGCAUGGAGGAGAGCGGGGAGGCGCUGGUGCAGGAGUGGGUGCUCAUGUCUCUGGGUAACUUCACCCGUCGGCAGCCUGCUUGUCUUGCCGUGUGGUUCAUCACGUGCUUCCUCGUGGCCGCGUCACGAGACACGCGUCUCAGGUCCCUCUUCCCCAACGUGCUUGCAUGGCCUGCCCAGAUACAGCGCGUGGGGCUGUACGCUGGUGGAGGGCUCAUGGUCCAGUCCGGGGACCAAGAAAUACCAGUCACCUCUUCUCGGCUGGACCGAUCUACUGGGCACUCAGUGGUCCCGGUAGCCCAGUUGCAUCCCCCAGAGCUGGAUGCCGCCCAGUUGCUUCCCCCAGAGCUGGGCGUCGCCCAGCUGGAGGUGUUCUGCCUUGCGGCGGUGCAGUUCGACGUCGCCCUGCCGUCACACCACCACAGGGUUAAGUUCCGCGAAGUGUUCGCGGACGUCGCUGUCGAGGGCUCCCCCUUCCUGCUUAUGCUGCGCUUCCUCGACGACAAGACGGGCGCUCUGCCAUGAAUUUAUGGUGGCUCUUUGCUACAUGAAGGAGGGGAAUGAAGGGCUGAUGCAGGGUAUCCAGGUGAUGUAAGUGGCUACUGGCUACCCAUGUGAUGAAGUGGUAUGCCAGGUUUCCAUGUGAUGGAGGCGGAUGAAGGCUUCCAAUGCGAUGUAAAAGGAUGCCAGGCUACCUGUGUGAGGAAAAAGGAUACCGGGUAUCCAUGUGAUGUAUGUAACCGCGGGGUAUAAAUGUGAUGAAAGUGGCUGCAAGGUAUAAAUACGAUGCGGGCAGACGGCUGAAAACGCACUAAGUUGAUGUGGAUUGGAGUCGAUACAUUAUGUGGAAUUUGGGUUCUGUUUCGGCCGAGAGGAAGUGCAUCUCUUGAUAUAAAAUUACAUUCCAGAGAAAUUUAACCUUUAUUACUCAUGUUUAGCGACACUCAAUGAAUGCAUGGGUUGUUGGAGACUCGACUCUCACAAGUUACUCAACAUAUUACGUAGUAGCAACGAGUUACUCAUAAACAAAGUCGUGUAUUGAGGACAAGGUAUUAUUUGCAUUCAUUUCUUACUUUUAUUCCUAUUUUAACUUAACACCUA